AUGGGUAAAACGUUUAUUCAGAGUUCAAGACCAUUCGCACAUGACAGCCUUACAGCCAUCAUUUCGGAGCCCGGGGAGCAGACCCACACAGCCCCGCACGGUCCUCCAAGCACCGAGCUCCAGGAGAGGAGCACUUCUGUGGCCCUGAUCUUGCUCCUGAGCAGAGUGGACAACAUGGAUGAACAAAGUGUUGAGAGCAUAGCGGAGGUGUUCCGCUGCUUCAUCUGUAUGGAGAAGCUCAGAGACGCUCGUCUGUGUCCACACUGCUCCAAGCUCUGCUGCUUCAGCUGCAUUCGGCGCUGGCUGACGGAGCAGAGAGCCCAGUGCCCCCACUGCAGAGCUCCUCUGCAGCUGCGGGAGCUGGUGAACUGUCGCUGGGCAGAGGAGGUCACACAACAACUGGACACACUACAACUGUGCAGCCUAUCCAAGCACGAGGACAACGACCGGGACAAAUGUGAGAACCACCACGAGAAGCUGAGCGUGUACUGCUGGACCUGCAAGAAGUGCAUCUGCCACCAGUGUGCGCUGUGGGGCGGCAUGCAUGGAGGCCACACGUUCAAGCCUCUGGUUGAGAUCUACGAGCAGCACGUGACCAAAGUGAAGGAGGAGGUGUCCAAGCUGCGGCGCCGCCUGCUGGAGCUCAUCAGCCUGGUGCAGGAAGUGGAGCGCAACGUGGAGGCGGUCAGAGGCGCCAAGGACGAGAGAGUCCGUGAGAUCCGCAACGCUGUGGAGAUGAUGAUCGCUCGCCUGGACAACCAGCUGAAGAACAAGCUCAUCACACUCAUGGGCCAGAAGACGUCUCUGACCCAGGAGACCGAGCUGCUGGAGUCUCUGCUGCAGGAGGUGGAGCACCAGCUCCACUCCUGCAGUAAGAGUGAGCUGAUCUCCAAAAGCCCAGAGAUCCUGCUCAUGUUCCAGCAGGUGCACAGGAAGCCCAUGCAGUCGUUUGUGACCACGCCCGUGCCCCCAGACUUCACCAGUGAGCUGGUGCCGGCCUACGACUCCAGUACCUUUGUCCUGGUCAACUUCAGCACUCUGAGGCAGAGAGCCGACCCGGUCUACAGCCCUCCACUGCAGAUCUCUGGACUGUGCUGGAGGCUCAAAGUCUAUCCGGACGGUAACGGUGUAGUGCGGGGGAACUACCUGUCAGUGUUCCUCGAGCUGUCGGCUGGACUCCCGGAAACCUCCAAGUAUGAGUACCGUGUGGAGAUGGUGCACCAGGCCUCUAGCGAUCCCACUAAGAACAUCAUCCGAGAGUUUGCCUCUGACUUCGAAGUGGGCGAGUGCUGGGGCUAUAACCGCUUCUUCAGACUGGACCUGCUGGCCAGCGAGGGCUACCUCAACAUGCAGACGGACACACUGGUGCUACGGUACCAGGUGCGCUCGCCAACCUUCUUCCAGAAGUGCAGGGACCAGUACUGGUACAUCAGCCAGCUGGAGUCUGCUCAGAGCGGAUACAUCCAGCAGAUCAACAACCUCAAGGAGAGGCUGGCCAUCGAGCUGUUCCGCUGUCAGACGUCCCGCAGCUCCUCCCCCCCAGACCUGCGCCUGUGCUCGGACCCCCCAGCCUCAGAGAGAGAGCCCACCUGCACCAAGAGCUCCGAGGACAAGUCUGUGUGUCGGCCCAAGAGGGGGGAGGACAUGCCCCGGCCCCUGCAGGACGACUCCAACGAGCUGUCGGACGGGGACCUGGAGGUGGACUGUCUCACGGAGGAGGAGGUGAACCCUCUGGACGGCAGCAGCACCUCAGGGAGCUCCACCGCCACCAGCAACACGGAGGAGAACGACAUAGACGAGGAGACCAUGUCUGGAGAGAUCGACAUAGACUUUGUGGGAAACCUGGACACAGAAGAAGGAGAGCUUCCCGAGGACCUGGUGGGAGCCACAGAGUAA